AAUAAUUGUCAUACCAAACCUGUCAAAAACUGUACACCAAGUUCAAUUAAUAUGUAAAAUGUUACAAAAACAAAACGCACUGUAUACAAUACACACUGGCGUAAAUUAAGAAAUAAACAUGCACCCGUACAAAUAAAAAUAGGUAAUAAAUAAAAUAAAAUAAAAAGAGAGUAACAAAGCGUAUUAAAUUAUGGCCAACAUAAGAGCGGGAACAACGUUCAUCAUGCGCCAAGAAAUGCCCAAACUGGAGACUCCGCCACAACCGAAACCUGAAGUAGACCUAAACUCUGGAGAAAAGAUCUCUGAUGAAACACCAGACAGCGAACAGACAAACUCAACGAACUUCUCUACGGACAAUAGCCUGCUGAGCCGCGAGGUGGACUGCUGGAUUCAAGGCUGGGAGGUCGACCCAAACGUCAGUGUUAAUGUAAAACGAAGGGUACCGACUGUGCAGCGAUCGACGUUGACCGCCCCGGACAGUCUGUACUCGUCUCGACUGUACUACGCUUUAGCCAUGAUGAUGCCCGUGUUCCGCUCACAACAGCGGGCCAUUUGGUCUUGUUCUCCAAGCAUUAUGUUGACAACACUGCGGUCCGUCUUCGCCUACAUGACGGAGGCUUACAGCAAAAUUCGAAUGCAAUUUCAACGGCACUUCACAGAACAUAACGUUCAUGAUUUUCUAAGCACAAUUCUCGAUGUACUGUUGGUUAUAUACGCACUUGGAUUUCUUGUCAUUUCUACGUACGAAUCAGCUGUAAUGCCAUGAUUAGUUUCUACUUUUUAAUAUCGUUUUAAUACAUUCUGUACGUACAAUGUAGUGAAUUACUCUAAAUGUAUUCUCAAAGAACUCAACUCACUAUUGUCUGUUUCCAUAUUACAAUCUCAAACCUAUUA